CUUAAAUUUGAUUUUCUUGGUGAAUCAGUAAUUGGAAAGUCAUGUCUUCAAAAUACAAUAUCAUUAAAGAUCCACCUAAGGCUCUUACUUUUGAUGUUUUUGGCACCGUGGUCGACUGGCGCAAAACAGUAACCCAAGCCCUCCACACAGCCUCCCUAAACAAAACCUCUUCCUCUUCCCGCCUCUCGUCACUCUCUCCCGCCCUCCGCACCCGCCUCACCUCAGUAGACUGGUCCCAAUUCGCCCAAGAAUGGCGAAACGCCUACAAAUCCUACACAAGAUCCUACAACCCGUCUUCAGACCCAUGGAAAGACAUUGACACGCAUCACUACGAAUCCCUCAUCUCUUUGCUCUCCUCUUGGGAGCUAAAUGGGCUUUAUACGGAUGAAGAAAUUAAAGAAUUGAGCUUGGUAUGGCAUUUCUUAACCCCAUGGCCAGAUUCCAGUGAAGGAAUACAGAAAUUAGGGAAGAAAUUCGUAACGAGUACGCUAUCAAACGGGAAUCAAAGUCUCCUACAAGACCUAAACUCGCAUGGCCAGCUUGGCUUCCAGAAAUUGCAAAGCGCAGAGGAUUUCCGGGCGUAUAAGCCGAAUGAGAAGGUGUAUAGGGGAUCAGCGCGGGAACUGGGGGUGGAGAUGGGGGAGGUGGCAAUGGUGGCGGCGCAUCUGAAUGAUUUGAAGGCGGCGAGGAGUUUGGGGAUGAGGACUGUUUAUGUGGAGAGGGAGGGGGAGGAGGAUUGGGGGGUUGGGGGUGAGGAGUGGGAGGAUGCGAGGGGGUGGGUUGAUAUGUGGGUGAGGAAGGAUGAGGGGGGUUUUUUGGAGGUUGCGAGGAGGUUUGGUGUUGAAUGAGUGAGUGAGUGAGAGAUUGCGGGGAUGUAUUUGAGUGAAGACUUUUUCAGCUCAGUUUGAGUUUGAUGUUUAGACUUCUUUGGGAGGUUGCUUGAGAUGAAAAGAUCGGUACUUGAGGCGAAAGUUC